GCCGCGCCGCGCCGCCGGUGAUGCCUCCGCGGGGGGCGGCGGGCGGCUGCCGCCGGCGGCGCCUGGCGCCCCUCAACGAGGACAACGGGCGGUUCCUGCUGCUGGCCGCCCUCAUCGCGGCGUACCUGAGCGCCGGCGCCACCGUCUUCUCGGCCCUCGAGAGCCCGUCGGAGGCGGCGGCGCAGCUGCGCUGGAACCGGACCCUGCACAACUUCAGCCGCAUCUUCAACAUCAGCCUGCCGGAGCUGCGCGCCUUCCUGCGGAGCUACGAGGCCGCCAUGGCCGCGGGCAUCCGCGUCGACGCCCUGCGGCCCCGCUGGGACUUCCCCGGCGCCUUCUACUUCGUGGGCACCGUCGUCUCCACCAUAGGUUUUGGAAUGACCACACCAGCAACAGUGGCUGGAAAAGUAUUCCUCAUCGUUUAUGGGCUUUUUGGGUGUGCCGGGACUAUCCUUUUCUUCAACCUCUUCUUGGAGCGCAUUAUCUCUCUCCUGGCAUUCAUAAUGAAGGCUUGCCAUGAGAGACAGCUGCGAAGAAGUGGUCUCCUACCUCCCAACUUCCGAAGGGGGUCAGCUAUGGCUGGGGUGGGCAGCCUCAUCGGGUGGAAGCCAUCAGUUUACCAUGUGAUGCUGAUUCUGGGAAUUUUUGCUAUCACCCUUUCUUGCUGCGCGUCUGCGAUGUACACGUUGGUGGAAGGAUGGAACUACAUUGACUCCUUGUACUAUUGUUUUGUCACCUUUAGCACCAUUGGCUUUGGAGAUUUGGUAAGCAGCCAAAAUGCUGUGUACCAAAAUCAGGGAUUAUACAGAUUUGGAAACUUCAUCUUUAUAUUAAUGGGAGUAUGUUGCAUAUACUCUCUUUUUAAUGUCAUCUCAAUUAUGAUCAAGCAACUCUUGAACUGGGUGUUGAAAAAAUUUGAAUGCAGAUGUUGCCCAAAGUGCCAUAAAUCAAGUGCCCGCCUUGGACGUCGCAACGCCAUCACACCAGGAGCACGCCUGCGUCGGCAUAAAAUCUCAAUGGACGCUGAUGGACAGUACGACAGUGACACUGAAGGCAGGAGGCUCUCCGGUGAGAUGAUCUCCAUGCGGGAGCUCAUGGCAUCAAACAAAGUCUCCCUGGCCAUUUUGCAAAAGCAGCUGUCUGAGACGGCCAAUGGCUACCCAAGAAACGUUUGUAUCAAUACAAGACAAAAUGGUUUCUCUGCAGGGGUGGGUGCUCUAGCCAUCAUGAACAACCGCUUGGCAGAAACAAGUGAUCGUAGGUAGAGUUUUUGAAAUGCCUUUUUGUUUCCUUAAUAAAAAUGAUGACUUCAGGAGGAAUUAUCACUGUAAACUACUGGAAAGUUUUAAAUUCAGAAACAGACAGUAUUCACUGGGCGUCCAGCAAUUUGGUUUCUCAAGUUUUUAUGUAUUCUCUAAUAUGCAGUAACAUAUUUACCGUAAUGUUACGAUUUUCCCCAGAGAGGUUGUGGGAGGGACUUGGGUGUCUUUGAUGAAGAAUCUGAUGCAAUUUCAGAAGAAGGGUGUGCAUUGUUAUGAUGCUGCCAAAACCAACAUCUUCCUCAGAAAAUAACCUCAACCCAAACUCUGGGUUAAAAUGCAUUCUGGGCACAUUCAGUUCCAGAUUCAAACUUGGGGGAUAAGGGUUGGCUAAACCAGUAUCUCACUUUGUUGAAGUCUGGAUCUGACCCUGAACUUUGUACUUGAUGUUCUUCACCAGUUCCUCAUACCAGGCCUGUAUAUAACAUACAUGUAGGUGACUGCAGUUAUACCAGCUUUAGGGUGAUUGUGCUUCACUUCAAUAAUCCUAUUGACCUCAAUGGCAGAGGAUCAUAUUGACUGAAUUCCCCUAACUGUCAAUGAUUUUUUUUCAGCUAGUCUUGUUUGAACCACUAUGUGCUACCUAACUAUUAAAAGUCAGGGGAUUAUCAGUCAGAAUAAGCAUGUUGAAAAUGUGCAAAACUAUUCCUACCUACUGAAUAAGCGAAAACAUACCAGAGAAGACAGUAUUCAUCUCUGGUGUCAAAUGUUUGCAUUACCACUGAAAUAUAAGUUAAACUGUUUACUAAUUACAUUACUUUUACAUGAAAUAGUCUGCUAAAGUGAAUGUAGGCUCUCUUUGUUGUCAUAAAUUUGUAUCUUUUACUUCUACAAUACUAUUGCAGGGGAUCAUGCAAAUAAUUUCUUUGCAAUUCUUCAUGGGCCCCAGCACUGUACUUGUUUUCCACAAACCUGACUGUGAAAGUUAUACAAAAGAGCUUUGCUUUGGAGAUCCCCCAGAAGCUGACUUCUCCCAAAAUGUUGAUAUUAAAUCAUAAAUUGGCCUAAGACUGUUGCUACUGUUUUAACUCAUAUUUAAUCUGUACUAGCCCAAACUGCUAAAGAAGCAUUUUUAAGCAAACCUGGUCUAAGUGUGUAGUUUACCAUGACAGAGGGGGCAGAGGAAUAUCUGCAGAUUUCUAUCAUAACUAUUUCCAAAGCUCUGGAUCAUUUCUCUGUUCUGUGCCACAUCUUUAAGGAUGUAAAGAUAAUACGAAGGCUUCUGUAUAUUUCAGCAAGAAAUACAACUUAAGGUUGAAGCCUUAGGCAAGGUGAUGACUACUAGGCUGGCUGUUGAGAAAAAAUAAUGAAAAAGCUGAUGGAAACAGACUAGGAAUAUUAGAAAUGUUUGAAAAUACAUCUGUGGAGUUUCAUAUAGUUAUUGUGUUUCUGUGUUUUGUAUGUGUUUGGGUUCUUCCUCAUUUUGUUUUCUUUUUAACUUGUAGGAGUGCAAAACAUUUCAGAAUUUAACCUUGGAAAACUGACUUUUAAAUGAAGGUUUUGCACACUUGAGACUGCCAGCUGAAGGAUGGCAGUGACUGUAUAUUUUGUCUAAAGGAGAAGGAAUCAGGGCAGCAGAUAGACCAUCCCAUGUGGCUCUCAUAUCAUAAAUGUAGUCACAACUUUUAUCAAGAUGCAUCUGGCCAAAAACACUCAAUGAUGUUUGCAUUCUCUAUCUACCUGAUACAGAAUCCUAUUUAAGAGUACUUGGCGUGGCAGAGACUGUGUUCAGGAGGCAUUCAUCUGGCAGGAGCUUCCUUGGUGACAGAGACCCCCAAAGCAGCAUGUGUCUGUGUGUGCACUCUGUCUCAGGUGCUAUGUUUGAGCAGCCUUUUGAGGAAGCAUACAAAGGUCAAAGUGUUUAGUCCUGCUAAGUUGAAGCCCCCUGAAAGAUUACUGUAAGCAGGAUGUAUAGGUGCAGGUCAUGGUCUGGGGAAAGCUCAAAGACCCAGUUCAGGCAGGUGACUUCCAGAGCCACAGGGGCCAUCUUUGGGAACAGCAGAGGCAGGGAGCCAAAAGAAUUUGUUCUUUCCCACAGGACUAUCUCCAAUGAUAGAUCUCUUUAAUUAUUAUGAUUUAUGAAUUAGUUUAUUAAGAGCAUGUAUGGUGUGCUGCGGUCUCUUUGCAGCUAGACCACUCUUAGGAUUGUACCUUGGUACCUUUGCCAUUGCAUGGACUCGUUGAAGAGAAACCCGCUGCGUGAAGUGCAGCUUGAGUAGAGGCAGAUGGGCUUUAUUCCAGCAGAAUUACUUAGGUUUAUCGUUAUAAAACUGAGUGCAAAUGCAUUAACAUUCUGUGAGCCCAGGAGAUACAUUUUUAUGAUAGCAAAAUAGCAAAUUAAGGGGUUUUAUUUUUUCAGUAAGUUGCUUUUAAAGAAUAAGAAUUAUAGCUAUGAUUAGGAACAUGUUUAAAUGUUUGUAAAUUGUUUUCAAACUACCUGCUCCUGCCUGGGAAAUGUGAAGUAAUAUGGAGUUGUACAUACACCUGUUCUGCUAUUGCUGCACUUUUCUGAGUCCACUGAGUUCUGAUUUACACAUUACUGUUUCUUAUUGCCUUCAUCUGAUCUAGAUGCUAGACUGGACCCCAGAGGAAGAGCAUUGUAGGACCCUUUGCAGCUCCUAUUGACAUCAGGGGAAGUUGGAUUGGCUUUUAGAACUGGGUUCCCAAGGGAUUUGGACAUCUGAUUGCUACUGUGUGCAAUUAUGUCCAGUGUCUCAUUACUCCUGAGAUCCUUGAAAACCUUCUCCUUAGCCUCAGAGGGAUGUAAAGAAAGCACAUGCCUUGAUUUCUACCAAUCGCCCCAUUCCUUGCAGUGCAUAUAUCCCCACAUAGUGACGUGACUCAACCACAGGGACCCCCCACCUUGUGUCUAAACUCCAUAAAAAUCCCUAAACUCACCUGACUCAUCAAGCCCAGUUUACAACAGCGUUCAGAGCCUGGCUACUGAACUGUGUCUCACUGGAGAGCUUAUGAGAAGGGGUGGGCUUACGGUUCCCUCAUAUUCAGUAGCCAAAGUGUUUUUCAGAGAUACAUGAAAAGCAAGUUCCAAAUCCCUAGACUUCUGCCUUCGAUUACUAUCUGAGCAUUCAUCACCCAUGUGCAUGAAUACAUGAGCCAAGAGGACACAGGAGAUUUGAAACUAGUUUUUCACAGUCCCUCCUUCUCUUUCUUUAGCUUUCUCAUGGAAACUUUAAGUUUGCAAGGCUUGACAACUAUCUCCUCUCCUUUGCUAUGUACAAUUCUACUCAGUUCCCCACAGCAGCCUGUUUCUUUUAUGAAGUAAACCCUAAACUUGCACUAGGUGCACGAAGUGCAAUUUUUCCUGGUAUUUCUUCACAAACAAAGGAGAUACCUACAAUACCCAGAUAUAGGCUGAAGCACAAGAAAUCAGAAGGAAACUGAAGGAACAGAGUAAGAAAAUGAAAGCACACUGCACUAGAUUGCACUUUUUUUUCAGGAAACUUGGGAGUUAUAUUACAGUCUUAAUUCUUUUUUUAUAGUUUUAUUUUUGGACAGCCAGAAAGUUAACUUAGGGUCUGCAAGUUCAUCUUUCUUUAUUCACCCCUCUUUGCAUCCUCCCCCAGAGCAGUAGCAGUGAUCCCUGCUGGCUCACACCCAGUCAUCUCAGUUGCCUGAUGAGCAGCUAUACAGGCAGUACAAACUGUAACUCAGCUCCGGUACCCCAAAUUGGGCUUUUGCUAUUUUAGCCUGAGAAGAGUGUUCACAAGCAGCAGAGAGCUGCAGGACUUCUCUGUGAGCCAGCCAUAAACGAGAGAAAUGGUUGCACAGGCAUGAACUGCUCAGACCUCCAGCAAGAAGGGAGGAGAUAACAUGUUCACCUGAUCCAAGUACUAAUAUCUUGCAGAUAAGAAUUAAAAUUUAAGUGGAAAUUAACAAGACCAUGAGCAUGAAUUCUCUCUUUCUGCUGGAGCUCAGGACAGAACAUUUACAAGGAAUAGUUUCUUGUGAAACCAGUAGUGUUUGACAUGCCAUUACCUUUACCUCUUGGGGUUUGUCUUGACAACUUUCAAACCAAGUUUCAAGUCACACUGACACAUCAUUAGAUUGCCACUGUUUUCUUCCCAUCUGAAAACACACUUCAUGUUUUGUGAAAAAAAAUAGAUUGUCUUUUAUUUCCUUGAUAUGUAAAGGAUGUCCUUCAAACAACAUAAAAGUUCAGUGAAACAAUCUCGUUGACCUCCAUCACAGAUAGCAGUUUUGGAAGGACAAGGCUGCAGUUUAAGUUCUGGUUUGCCUCUCUCUCCUCUGGAAGAAAUCUUUCAUAAGUAGCUCCUGCUAACAGUAGCAAGAAUUUCAAACGCACUUUAUGCAGUGGUUGGAAUAAAGCAGCAAAACUGAAAAUGGAAAGAUAGUCUGUUAUAACUGGUAUUUUUGCCUCUUUGAUGAGUACAUGCUAAUGGAUAGCCCAAUUGUCAUCUCCAUUUGCAGCCAAAAUUAUUACUGGAAAUAAUUCUCACUUUUUUGUGUUUUUCUAACUUCACUUGAAAAAAUAGUCAGUGCCUAAUUAUUCCAAUGAAUGUUCAACACUAAUUUAAACAAAUUCAUACUUGGUGUGAUGCUGAUUGCUAAGCAAAUUUAUGGAUAUGGCUUCUGCUCUAAUUGGAGUACUAAUGUGCCUUCUCAAUUUUCAACAUUUUCAAUGUUGUAUUUAAAUAACACAAGAAAUGUUAUGUCAUGGAGUAAGUUCAAUUAGGGCACAUAAAUAUUUUAUUCACAUGAAACAGCUAGUGAGGUGUGCUUCGGGCAUUUUACAACCAACACCCAAAUUCUUUUUUUUUUGUGAAUUCUUCCAUUAUGAGCUCACAAUCUGCUUUUAUGCGUAGUCACAAUAGUAAAACAGAAGCACUACAUCGUCUGUGGGAAACGGAUGGCCAACUCCCCCGAGAUUUGACUCACAGGAUAUGCAUAUUAAUAUAUGCACAGUAAGUGGUUCAUUAUGCCUUGCAAGCAUGUUAUGUAGUGAUGGCACAGAGGUAAGGCUGCUUCAGUUUAUGUGACCUCAGUCAGCACACAGAGCCCAAUAAAGAUGCAUGCCUUUUUUUUUCUCUCUCUUUUUCUCUAAUAAUAGUUAACAUCCACCCCUUAAUUAGAAUAUACCUUUAAAAAACAACAAUUUCUCUAAGGAUUUUAUACCCAUAAUGUAAAACCCAAGGUCAUUGGAUUUAUUCGUUCCAUGGGAAAGGACAGACAGUGUGCGUAUGGAUACCACUUAUAGCAGAGUACCCAGUACUGGCAACUUAGCACAGGAAAAAAAAACACAGACUUCUAUCAAAGAACAGCAAGUGUACCUUUAGCAAGAGACAUUGCCACCUGUUGAUCCCCUUUUACUUCCAAAGCUUUGAGAUGUUCACACCUAUCAUAAAAUCUCAGACAACAUCACAGCCCAAAGUAGCUCUUGGUGCAUCACAGGCUCAUCUACCUCAUCUGGAACAUUAAGAGACAUAUUUUGUGAGCAGCAGAGGGAAGGGAGAGGGGCCACACACUUACAUACGCUCUGCACUUCAUCCAAGAGGAGAUCAUUGUAAUGGUUGGAUUUCAGGAUGACAAUGACCAAACCUACUGCUGAAAAAGCAACUAUGCUGCUCCGCUACAUGGAUGAGCAAUAUUUUAGGUAUAGUGCAGGCCCUAGUUCCCAUGCCUAAGGUCCCCAUCAGUCCCAACACCCAUGGCACACUCUGGCACAUGCCAGCCAGCUCCCAAGCCUGCACCAAGCACAAGGAAGCACUGGGUAUGGGGAAGUCAGUGGAUUUUAAACAGUGUAGCAUUGUAGUACAAGUCUUUUCAGGAUUAGACCCUCCAGCAGCUGAUGCUUUGUCAAACCGUCUAAGAAACACAAAUAAGAUGUUCCCAUAAUCCCUUUAUAUUUCCCAGACUGUAAGAUUACUUUUCAAAGGCAGCAAGUCAAUUCAAAAUAAAUGCCUUUAUAAAAAUACACAAUCACCGAUAAUUCUGACUGUGCAAUUCAAACACCAAGUAUUUUCUCAGUGGCCGUCAUUUUCUAAUUUUUGUAUUAGAAAAUCUGUUUUACUCCUUGCAAGUAAAAUAUAUCCAGCCAUGAGCAAGAAUUCAGCUCUAACUUCGUUGUAAAAACCUCAAUAUCUAAAAGCACAACAUCUGAAAAAUAUUUUGGGCUUCUUUGUGUUUGUGCAGAUAACGUUUAUUUACAAAAAUAAAAGAUGCCGUCCCUUUACUUACACAGAUACACGAUUUUUUAGCUCACUGGAAUUCUGCCUUGUAUACUUACUGCAAAAUUCGUAGUUGCAAAUUUCAAGCCAGUUCAAAAGGACUUCAGUGAUAAAAGAAUAUAUCUGCUCAAAGGUAUUCCUGUUUAAUUUUUUUUUUAAGGGACACAGCUUGGUAGAUAUCUCUAACUGAACUGGUAUUAUUAUCUCCUAUUGUGAAUGUCAGAAGAAAUUUUCUUCUUCUGUUAAUUCCAUUGUUUUUUGUGUUUGGUAUUUGCUUACUGCUGUGCUUCAGUGUGCAUUGUGAAAGGAAUGACCCAUACUGUUUCCUAGGUGGUAUCACUUUCCCCUUUGCAUUAAUUGCAGACAUACUUAGGAGAAACAUUGAAAUUAGACACUUUACUGAACACUUUUGUCUAAAAAAAAUGUUUUAUAAAUUCUAGAUUAUGAGUAUAAAUUAUUUGUAAUGGUUGAAAUGAGCAGUCUGGAUAUUUUUCCUGUCAAUAGAAACUUGACAUUAACUCAGUAAAUGAUGUUAAAGGUACAGUUUUAUAUAAAAAAUUAUUCCUAUUUUAUCCAGUUUAUCCAAUUUGUGUAAAAUUUUUAACAGAGAGUAAGACAGAUGUAAAUCCCAUUUGGAAAAUGCUCUAUUCCACACACUCCUGCUUAUGAACAGAACUUCUAAAGGGAUUAAAACUGAGCAUACCAGAUCACUGCAAACACAAUUGCAUUGACAAGCUCUCAAAACUUGAAUACUUUACCUGUGUGGCAUCUACAAAAUAAGGGCGUACUAAUGUAAUUCUAAUUCAGGCAAAUAAACAGAAAUAAUGGAGUUCCACUUUCUGCUGGCCAUUUUUAUCAAAAAGACCAUUGGUAAAAAGCUGCUGUAUCGAGGAUGGUUUACUGACUCAGUGUAUACAUGUGCUGUGUUUGGUGCUUCUGAGAGUGAGAAAGGCAGCUUGUUCAAGGUCAGCAUGCGCAAAGUAACUCGGAAGAACGAAGCUUUCGAUGUUAAUGCUUUCCACUAUUUCAGGGGAAAAAAUGGUGCUGAUUAAAGGAAUAUUUUCUUCGAAUUUCCAACAUAAGGAAGUAGAGAAAGGCCAAAAAAAGUUUACAUGACUGGUAUUGAGCCACUCCUGAGGGGCACAGCAAAGCACUGCAUGUGUUUCACAUACUACAAAUGGUUUCUGGCUGUCCUCAAACUUGGCUGUUCCUGAAAAUUGAGGGUUUGGGGCACAGGUGUAGUUAUUGACUCAUUUUACACUGGAAAAGCAGCUGUGCUGUGAUCUUAAUUUGCCAGUUAAAUGGAUGGGAUGAUUUGUUUAGGCUUCCUGUAUGAUGACAGCAUGUAUAAAUAUUACAAGAUGAAUCAAUUGCCCAGGCUGGUUAUUUUCACUAAGAGAUCUCUAGCAGUAAAAAGGGAAGAAACAUCUUAUCAUUUAGCAAUUAUGUUACAGCAAGUGGCAGCAGCCCCCUCUAGCCAAGCGUUUCUCAGCAUGGGUUUCACGAAAAGCUGGCCUUCAGCUGUUGUACUGGUUCUGUCAAACCUGAUUGCCCAAAAUUGUGCAGGUAGCCCUUUUGAUGGUCAUGGUUUUGCCAAAAAACUAACAAAAUAAAAUAUAUUUUUAAAAAAUAAAAAAGGAAAAAAAAAAAAAAGAGAAAACAAGAAACACCAAAUAGCAGCAUCUAAGAAUAGCCAAAUAAUCCAAAUAAUAAAUCAAAAUAAAACAAUAAUGAUGAUCCAUACAGAAGCUGCUGUUGGUAGCAGCCAUAGAUGCUUUCCCAGCACUGAAGGAAAUUUGGGUUUAGCAGAGCAGAAACUGGAUUUUUAGGGUGCUGGACAUUGCCCUGCAAACAGCUACAGCAGCACAAAUGACACUUCAUGAAAAACCUUUUGCAGAUGUUUCUGCACUGUUAGGGAAGGUUUUCAUCAUCUAUACCGAAAUCAGAAGAUGACAGCAAAUUGUACACAAGCACGUGCUUUUUACAAGAAACCUGUCACAGGUAAUAGCAAUAUUAGCUGUGGCAGGUCCAGGUGUGCAUCAAUCUCUGUUUCCAGACAGACAAAACCCUGAAAACCUCCUCUUUUAUUACAUUCCUCCUCCACAAGCUGUUCACUCACUUUUAGCAAAAUUCACCUGUCAGGAACUCCCACUCGUGUGGGUUUGGUGAUGACAGCAAUUUUAGAAAAUGCUUUGUGCACUGCAAGACUGUCACCCCCGGGACCUCAGAUUCAAAUAACUUUCUACUUCCAAAAGUGACAGAAUUGGUAACUUAAAAGAGUGGAAAUUCUCUGUAGUGUUGGGAAGGGUGUUACCCAGAGCCUUCUGGGCUACCCUGGGAGCCCGGUCUUCCCGUGGGUACCGCUGUGUCUUGUUUCUUUUCCCAUUGUGAGAAAUGAACAGAGAUGCUCCUUCACCUGCUGACUUCGCUCACCUUAUUCCUAAAGAGUUGAAUGAUGAGGAGAUUACGUAAAUGAAAGAGCUGGGGGGGUUCUAGGAAGCAAACGCUGCUCUCCAUUUUCUGCUCUCCAAGUGCACUUGUCUGAAUCUGGAGUAACUUCAUUGAAUUCCAGGUAGUAGCCAGCGUAAUUAAACUUACACAAUUACUCUUAAAUGUAUGCUACGAGUCAAAAGAAACUAUAUGAGUUUUACAGCACAAUUUCAGUUUUGUUUACUGAGUCAGGAGCUGAAAUAAAGGAAUAUAAAUUCCUGUAAACCAUUGACCAGAAAUUAUAGAUAUUUAUCCUCUUUGAGAUGAUGCUUCCUAGCAAAACAUUAAGCUGAAAUAAACUUCAAAACUGAAAUCUAUUUAAGCAAGUGACAUUUUAAAAAUGAUUUCGUUCUGGGUUGAGAGGAACUUUCCCUCCAGCACAUCCAAUAAUUGUGAGUGCUUUUAACUAACCCACCUGAUUUUUGAUGUCAGCCCAUGAUUUUUCUAGUGCAAGAUCUUUGAAUGUAGAGGACUAAAAGCCAUAAACCAAGCUAAUUGAACUCAAAUCUGCUCGUGUGUUAUAUACAGCUUGCAAACAAAAUUGAGUGGACGUUUUUGGCUCCACACCCUUUCAUUCACACGAGCAGGGUUACGGCACUGGGCGGCAUAGAGGGCUGGCGGUCAGCUGCAUCACCGAGUGGUGCAAAGGCACUGUCCGGGGGUGCACAGCAAGUGAGAACCCCGAAGAACCUGCUCACCACACUCAGUGAGCAUGCCUCUGUGGUUUUAACGCUGUGCUACAUAGCCAGUUAAAAUUGCUGUACCUCUGGUAGGGUAGCAGGUUGGAGAUGGCACUUGGAUUGUUGCCUUUAACCUCUUACAAAGACUCUUGAAAUAAAUAAGAGAAAACACUGCCUG